AUGCAAAGAUCCUCUACAGCCCCCAUCAAGGCCCUUUUCUCAUCUCACGGGGGCCCCCUCAGCAGCAUCUUAUCAGAAAGGGGCCCCCUGGGGGCCCCCCUAGGGGGCCUCCUAGGGGGCCCCCUUGGGGCCCCCCUGGGGGUUCGUUUGCCGUCAGCGCAGCAGUUUCUUGAAAGGGACUUCUUUAGGGGCCCCUCUGUAACCCUUUUUGGGGCCUCUGCGGGAGGGGGGAUCCCCGAGUCCCCUUUGGGGGCCCCCCUGGACUCUCCUUUGGGGGGCCCCCUGGAUUCCCCUCUGGGGGGCCCCCUGGGGGCCCCCUUGGGGGGCCCCUCCCCCUCGCCUGCCCAGGAAAAAAGACAGAGACUUUUCGUGGCUUCCAUGGUUGCUGCUGUUUCUUCUUUUGUUUUAAAUGAAGUGCAGCAGCAAAACCCCAAAAAGACCCAAUCAGAAAACCCCAAGGGGCCCCCCCAACUCGCUUCUUCAGACCCCCAGGGGGCCCCCCAAGGAGGCCCCCAGGAGGCCUCUGAAGGGGGCCCCCCUGAGGGGCCCCCUGGGGGCCCCCCAGAAAGCCCCUGUGGGGAGCUCGCUGAGGGCCCCCCUGGGGGCCCCCCGGGGGGCCCCGCUGAGGGGCCCCCUGGGGGGCCCCCUGGGGGGGCCCCCGGCAGUGUGGGGGGCCCCUCAAAUGGGAUUUUAGAUGAGGAAAUUUGGGAGUUGUUGAGGAAUGAAGAAGAAGAAAGUCUUGAGGGCCUCAAAGGCAGAAUAGGGGCCCUUCGAUUUUGGUUUGGAGUUUUAGAAGGAGAGUUGGAGAGAAGUGUGGGGUUUGGGGUGUCUGUACACCAGGGGGUGGAGGCGCUGCUGCAGCAGCUGCAGCAGCACACCAGCAGCAAACUGCAGCAGGAACUCGCAGCAGCAAAAACCGAAAGGGACCUUUUGCUGCAGCAGCUGGGCUCCCUGCGCAGCUGUCUAGACACCGCAGAGCAGCAGCUGCAAAAUGCCAAAAGAGAAGCAGCAGAAGGCAGCAGCAGCCAAACCCUAAACCACCGAACUCAGCAAGUUAAUGAAGAGCUGCAGCAGGAGAUUAAGAGACUAAAGGACACCUGCGACACCCAG